UCAUUGAGAGACUGAACGACUUCUGGUUGCAGAUUCAAUCUCUACAGGAUGCAUACGAUAAAUGCACUGCAGAUUAUACGAACGGUGAUGAGUAGCAGUAGUAAUUCCAUGCUUGGAGCAGAGAUUGAAUUUGGAUCGGCGAAGUUUUACCUUUACGUUGGAAUCUCAUGCCUCCUAGUAACCUUUGCUGGUAUCAUGUCUGGCCUUACCUUAGGAUUGAUGUCUCUUGGCCUCGUCGAGCUCGAAAUCCUCCAGAGCAGUGGCACUCCGACCGAGAAAAGACAAGCAGCUGUCAUAUUUCCUGUGGUUCAGAAACAACAUCAACUUCUUGUAACAUUGCUGCUAUGCAAUGCAGCUUCCAUGGAGGCCCUGCCAUUAUACUUGGACAAGAUUUUCAAUCAAGUUGUCGCAAUUGUGCUUUCUGUAACUUUUGUCCUGUUUUUCGGAGAGGUGAUCCCACAAGCAUUAUCUACCAGAUAUGGACUCGCUAUAGGUUCUAGUUUUAUUUGGCUUGUGCGUAUACUGAUGAUAGUUUGCUAUCCGAUUGCUUAUCCUAUUGGCAAGAUGCUUGAUUUGGUGUUAGGACAUAAUGAUGCUUUAUUUAGGCGAGCUCAGUUGAAGGUCCUUGUUUCCAUCCACGGUCAGGAGGCCGGUAAAGGAGGUGAACUCACUCACGACGAGACAACAAUUAUUAGUGGAGCAUUAGAUUUAACUGCAAAGACUGCAGAGGAGGCUAUGACACCAAUUGAGUCAACAUUUUCCUUGGAUGCCAAUUCAAAGUUAGAUUGGGAAGCAAUGGGAGAGAUCCUUGCAAGAGGUCAUAGUAGAGUCCCUGUAUACUCAGGAAACCCAAGAAAUGUCAUUGGACUUCUGUUGGUGAAAAGUCUUCUUACUGUACGAGCAGAAACAGAGACUCCAGUAAGUGCAGUGUCCAUCAGGAGAAUUCCAAGGGUUCCAGCUGACAUGCCUCUAUAUGACAUACUGAAUGAGUUUCAAAAGGGAGGCAGUCAUAUGGCAGCUGUAGUCAAAACUAAAGGGAAAGGCAGAAAACCUCCUACACUUGACGAAGAACCGAAUCAAGGAACAGUCAUUGGUAAAUAUUUUCAAUCUACAACUCGAUCGCCAUCAAAGCAGGGUGAAAAAGCAGAAAAUAUUGUUAUUGAUGUGGAAAAGGCUGCAAGAACGACCACACAAACAUUCUCAAAGCUGGGUGAUACUGCACCAAACGGAGUGCCUUACUCAACAGAGGACAUUGAAGAAGGUGAAGUGAUUGGUAUAAUCACCUUGGAAGAUGUAUUUGAAGAACUUCUUCAGGAGGAGAUUGUAGAUGAGACUGAUGAAUUUGUUGAUGUUCACAAAAGGAUACGUGUAGCAGCAGCUGCAGCUGCUUCAUACAUAGCCCGUACUCCCUCUUUUCGGAGAUCAACUAUCGCUGGAGGCCAAAAUAAGCAAGGGCAAAGUGGAAAGAAGCCGAUUGAGGAUGAUUCUACGUCGUCAAUGUUGCAGAGGGCACUUGUUGAGCCUUUACUUCUAAAAGAGACAUAACACAUAUACUAGCAGCUCGAUUCUGAAAGUAACGCUUGAUCUCGAACUUUAUGGUUGAAGCCUCGUUUGUUGUGUGUGUGUGGGAGGGGUAUGCGUUUCGCUAGCCUAGCCAAUCACAAAAAUAUAAAUAAGAAAACUUUCGCUAUUUGUUGUGGAUGUGGAGCUUCUAAGAACAUAUGAUUCAAGCAGGCAUCCACAUUAGUUUUUGUUGUAUGAAGUUUUGAACUUUAUUUAGCAGUGAGUGAAAUUAAAAUCCUGUGUUCUCCGUGUGUA